AUGGAACGAAAGAAACUAGUGGAGCUCAAGACACCAGCGGAAUCAAAGAACCUUGUCUUGGUGUUGGUGAAUGGAGAUUAUCCAAGUGUUGUAUACGAUGAAGAUGAUGGUGUGAGGGUGUACACGUUGAGGUGUCCUUUACAACAGAAAGCAUUUAUCAAAUAUCUACGACCAGCAACUGUGAUACUUCAAUUCCACACAUUGACGGAACUUCAACAGUUGCUAGAUAUGCAGCUACAAAAAGUGAUUGUGUCAAUCGAGCCUGGAUUAUUAACCCUUACCGCUGAAUCCACAAUUACGUUCCAGUUGAUACGAUAUUUAUGUCAAAAGUAUGAAUGUGACUUGAUCUGCGCCAGGGAAUUCGACAUUUCAGAAGUGAAGCGAAUAAUUGAACUUGACUUUCCCAUCGAUCCCACAUGUGGUGAAUCUUUGUAUAUACCACAUAGCUGGGACAGCUGGGGUAAGAUUGUGCUUCAUGGGAGGUCAGUUCAGGAGUGGGCUGGUGUGAUUCGUAGUGAAGAAACACUUGCGCAACUUGAUGACACUCGAUUGGAUGAUUAUUUAGAGAAAUAUGUGAAGACGGUUGAAGUAGAGGAGCCUGUUAGAGUACCACAGACCAUGGAUGAGUUUGUACGAGCUGUGUAUGAAGAAAAAAUAAAUUAG